AUGGCCUACAAUGACCACGUCUUAAGGUACAACAGUUAUGGAAGGAAGUAUGAAGUUCCUAGGAGACGUGUAUUCUCCAUUUACGAUCUUGAAAGCGGAGAUCAUAUCGCCUUUCACCAGCUCAGCGGUUCUUAUUGGCAUCACGCUAUAGUUGAAUAUGUGUUUCCAGAAUCAGGUGAAAUCCAGACAAUCGAGUAUACCAAUUCUGUUGGAGGAUUUUUGAGGGAUAACAGCAGCUUUCCAAAGACACCAAGGAAAGCUCAGGUGGUAAGAAUACCCUACCGAUUCCGUGAAAUCACCGCCGUGUACAAGAUGCUACACGAAUACUUCAAUCGUCAUGCUACUCUCUUGAGAGCACAGGAAAGCGUUGGGGAGUCAGCCUACCACCUUUUCUUCAAUAACUGUGAACACUUUGCCAUGUGGUGUGCCACGGGCAUAUCAUCGUCCGACCAAGUUAACAAAGCUGCUGAGAUGCUGGGUGAAGAAGUCGGAAAAAAGCUUGUGAGCCCCGCUGCUGAAAAAGUGGCACAACUUGCAACCCAAAGUACAUCACACUCUGGACGAGUGAUCAUAAGAACAGGGCUUGGGCGACAGCUUGUAAGCACGGGAACUGGUUCGGCAGCAAAGCUUGCAGUCCGAAGUGCCCCACACGCCGGACGAGUGAUCAUGGGGACAGGCGGGCGACAGCUUGUGCGCAUGGGAGCUGGUUCGACCGCCCAGCUUGCAGCCCGAAGUGCGCCACAAGCGGGACGCGUGAUCUUGGGAACAGGGGGGAGCCAAUCAGUGGCCCAAUCAGCGGCUUCAGAUUUAGGAAGUGGAGUUGGAGGAAUAGUAGCUGGAGGAGCAGUUGCCGCGGUUAUUGAGGGUGUGUCAAUAGUACAUGAUAUUGCAAAUGUAGAAGGAGAUCUGAACUCAGGAAGAAUCGACUUUGCAACAUACAACCGAUUUGUUGGAAGAAGACUUGCGACUGGCACUGGCGGUGUAGCAGGGUCUACUUUU